AUGGUCGUUGCACAAACUGACAUUCAGAAUAACAAUAAUAACAAUAAUGAUAAUAACACCAAUAGAGCUGAUGAGACUGCAGAUGGAAUCCAGCUGAAAAUCAAGCCUAACAGUGAUCAUCCACAAGUUAAUACACCUAACCAACAUCAGUCAAUCAAUUCAUCAACACAUCAAAAUGAUUCAGGGAAUAAAAUCAAUAAUGAAAGCAAACCUCAGCAAAUGAAAUCCACCGAUGUAUGUGCUAAUGAUGAUAAUGAAGAGAAAAUAUUAGCUGAAUUAUUCAAUAGGAAACAGUUACUGUUACAACGUCUUUCUGAAGAAAUGGAAAAAUAUGAACAAUUAUGCUGGGAAGAAAUGGCGAUUACUAGAAAUAUAUCAGAUCAAUCAUUUCUCCCAUUGAAUCAUUUGAAUGUACGUAGCAAUAGUGAAACAAGAAAUCCUUUUAAUACAACGCCACGUGUAAUUCUAGAUCAGACAAAUAAUACAGCUAACUGUACAAAUAGAUCUAGAGGUAUAGCUGCACGUUUAAAAUUUCGUAAUUCACGAAGAUCAAAAAGUGCUCAUGAAAGAAUACCUGAAUCUCCCUAUAGACUUUUUCAAAGAAACACAGCUGAAUUAUCCCCUACAAGAAGAUCACUUACUGACAAUCUGCUUGAUGAUAAUUCAGAAAAUUCAAAAAAAUCCUGGAAAUGGUGGAGGACAAAUAAAGAUCGUGGUGGACUGUUGAACAGUGGUGUACGUAGAAGACAAUCGAUAGGUAUGAUUGCUGAACAAUACUUCCGCUAUUUUACAAAUGAUAAAAGUGAACACUCGCGUGGAGGUAGUCUACCGCCUAGAGAUAAUAACACGAAUAACGGCAAUAACAGUAGUACCUGUAAAAAUGAAACAAAACAAUUGACACCAUCAGUAAAGCUGGAUGUAAAUAAGAGACAAUCCCUUCAUCUAGAGGAAUUCCUACAAUUUUUAAGUGCUCAUCAACAGAAUAAUAGUAAUAAUAAUAUGGAAUCAAGUCAUUUGGGGACGUAUCCACCACCUCAUAAUGCUUGUCAUCUCUAUCAACAUCAUCACUAUCACCACCAUCACCAUGAACCACAGCAACGACAGUUCCAGCCACAAGUUGACAGAAGUUUAUCUCAACCAGAAGCAUAUGUGUUAGCACCAAAGUGUAUCUGUUCAAAUGAAUUACAACAAGUCACUUGUAAUAAUCAUCAGAGACAGCAACAUUUCACUGGAUUUCGAACAAAUGAACCUUUGUUUUACAGUAGUCAAAGGAAUCCAAAUAUCACCACUGCCUACAAUGGACAUAAAAAAAUAUAUGAUUCAUGUCAUCAUAUCCAAAGGAAUCCUAACAACACUAAAAGACAAUCUACGCAUAUCAAUGGAGCGUUAAACAAUCAAAAUACACUUUACGGAUCACCCUCUUCGUCAGCGUACACAUCACAAGUGAAAUUAAUGCCAGGGAUGCACUUAUAUUCUCUUCAAAAGAACAAUUCAUCACUGGGUACAACAGGAUCAGUCUGUCCUGGAUCUUUUAUUGUUUGUACUGUUCCCCCUGGUACCACAACUCCUUUCCCUGUUCCUCCUACGCAUAUCCAAUCUAUUCAGCCUACCUCGUCAUCAACACCUGCACCACCUAUACCUCCAAGAAUUCAUGGUCGAACAUCUAUCAUGUUAAAUCAUAGUUCUAAAUCAAUGGAAGAAAGUGUUUUAUCUAAGACAAUUGAUGAAUCGAACAUGAAAAUCGAUAAAAGCCAAGUGAACACUACUCAGCAUAUCAUCAUUAGUGAAAUGGAUAAAUCCGUUAACCCUAUUAAUAAUAUAUGUAUACCAGUGACAAGAAAAACAGGGACAACUGUCAAUUUGGUGCCUUACAGUUCACGAUGGCCCACUGGUUGUGGUGGUGGUGGCGCUGGCGCUGGCGGUGAGAAACAUGCCUAUUUUAAUUGUAUGGCUAGCCGACAACACAACAUCAAGUCAAACUUUCCAAGUAAUUGUGCGUUUAAAGAAACAAUAUCAUCACCACAGAAAAAUCCAGUUAACAAUGGACCGUAUAAAACAAAUUAUGCAGUGAAACCCAUUCAUCAACAUUUUCAACAGCCACAACAACAACUCCCUUCGAAAGUAACCAAUUAUCCUCAGCCUCUGUCAAACAGCACACAUCAAGUCCUGUUAAGCAAAAGUAAUCAAAAACAAUCUUUAAAUGGAAAUCUACCGGAUAUGUCUAAAUUGAAUAAAGCGGAUCUUUUAAAUCUGACUCAUUGCAAUAAUAAUAGUAAUAAUAAUUCAGCUAGAAAUUAUGAUCGAUAUUCUUCACAGAUAAGAAAAUCAAUAAAAACUACUGAACCAUUGAACACUAGAAUACAGUCAAUACAAUCAGUAGCAAAUAGUUAUCCACAAUGGAUUGUUAGAAAUCAGUUUAGCAGUAAUAAAGAUAUCACUAAUGAGCCUUUUCUUGUAUAUCAAUUGAAUCAACCAAAGAAGAAGAGCAGUAGAAACAAUCCUCAAGUAGAAUUCGACGAAUCUAAAAAUUCUCCAUCAGUUUCAUCGCCAUCAUCAUCAUCAUCGUCAACAGCAGCAGCAGCAGCGGCAGCGGCAGUAGCGGUGAAUCAAAUGAAUUCAACAUCUUCAACUUGUAAUAAUGUAAAGAAUCAUUCUGUUGGCUGGGAGAUCAAUUUAGGCUGUGCGUACAAUAACAAUAAUACUAAUAGUAAUAACGGUAAUAACAAAUCAGUACCUGUGCAUUAUAUAACUCCGGUCAACUUUAAACAAUGUUGGCAACAGACACGUGAACCAUCGCUACUGGUCAAUCGAAAUCAAUCACAGUUGUCGUCAACACCAAAAACAUCACACAGUACUACUCCUCUUCAGUCUACACAAUAUCCUAAGACGCUUGUCGACGGUUAUUCUUCUGUACAAAAGAAGCUCUUUCCUCCGAAUUGUCAACAAGAGUUUGUAUUGCAUAACAGACAUCAUAGUAAUAAUCAUAAUAAUAUUAAUAGUAACAGUACUAAUCAUCACAAUGCAUGUAGUAAUAGUAAUAACAAUCAAUCAGAACAUCCACAUUAUCCUAAUCAUCGUUAAUCAAUCAAAUAAUCGAUUAUACAGAAGUCUGAUUAGUCCUAUAAUAUGUCUUUCUUACGUUUUUUAAAAACUUUGUAUAUGUAUAUACAUUGAUUGUACUUAAAGUUUUGAAAAAGAGCAAACUAACAGGAGCUUUAUUCAGACUAAUAAUGACUUGGCAACUAACUAUGCUCCUAUAAAUGUAUAGUGGUGAUAACCACAUACACACUCAUGAAAACUAGCUCAAAGUGACUGUGACACUCACACCCACACGCACACAAGACACACACAACUCAUUUGGACAUAUUAACUGCUCACAGAUUGACUGACACCUACAAACUACCGAGUGACAGUCAGUCAGCUAAAGUUGUAGACGAAGGAUCCAAUGAAAGGAAUGCCUGUGUUUGUCAGACUGCCCACAACGAGGUUGAUGAUCAGUUAAAAUACACAUGGAUCAAUAGAAAGCUGACAGAACAGUUGUACACCCUAGUCAGAGGCUAAGAUGACCAGAAUUUUGUUACACACGAGAUAGUGAGUGGAUGAAGCAUGGACUAUGUGAGCUACUGACUGUAGUCUGUGUGAUAAAAAGGUCGAUUUGUUUCCAAUUAUUACACUUGCUUAUUGAGUAUAUUGCCUUUGAAAUGAUGAUAUAUAUAUAUGUAUUAUAUGUAAAUUGUAAAGUAUUUUGUAUGUAUCAAAAGUUGUUUGUUUUGUUUCUUUCUAUGUUGUAAUAAUUAAAUGAAUUCCCUUUGGUUACAAAAUUUUCAACC